AUAUUGAAUUGGUACUGAGGAACAAACGUUCAUUACAAAAUUUUCAAUGGGUUUCUUUCAGAUUGAUCACUCGAGGCCGUUGCCGCCAUUCCGUUGUGAGGAAAUUGAGCGCAACCAGCUGGCUAGAGAGUGGAGGAGCUGGCGCUCAUCUCUAGAAGUGUAUUUUGAAGCCUAUGAUAUUACGGAUCAAAACAAGAUGAGAGCCAAUCUGUUACAUCUUGGUGGAAGCCAGCUGCAGCGCGUUUACAAUGGUUUGCCUGAUGUUGAUAAAGUGUCACUGAUAGCCGUAAAACCCAAUUAUUAUGACACUGCUGUUAACAAACUCAAUGAGUAUUUCGAACCAGGCCGGCAAUGCGUACUUGGCAGACGUCGACUGCGAUCGAUUUCACAGGAAAAAAAUGAACGUUUUGCUUAUUUUAUGUUACGACUGAGACAGCAGCUGCCAGAUUGCGGAUUAGAUCAAUAUUCGGUUGAGACGCAAGAGGUUUUGUCCGAAAUAUUGUUGAUCGAUGCUAUAAUCGAAGGAUGUUCCUCUGACGAACUGCGUAAGAGAAUAUUGCAAAAAGAUCGAGGCCUGGCUGAGAUCGAAGAAAUCGGAGGCAUGAUCGAAAGUGUAGAACAACAAGUUAAAGAUUUUGGGCAAUGCAAUACAGAAAAGCAGCCAGAGAAAGUUUUUCAAGUCGAUGUUAAACAGAACAAACACUCUAAACCAAGCGUUUUCAACUCGGGAAACACUAAUUGGCAACGUGGAGCUAGGUGUUUCAAUUGCGGUAUACAAGGACACAUUAGUUCCUCAACAGAAUGUAGAGCUCGUAACAAGAAAUGUCGUCGUUGUAAUGUAGUUGGGCAUUAUGAAUCUGUUUGUCCAGAUCGUAAACGCAACAAUCCAAAUUGGAAACCAAACAAGGUGAAGCGAGUUCGUUUUUUGGAACAAUCGUGUUCGGAACCAAAUGAUAACAAGAUUGUCAACUAUAUGGAACGGUCAUCAUUACCGGAGGAAGACAAUACUGAGCAAACAGGGAUGAAGCCUAACGAAGAAACAAAUAAACUGUAUUAUUGUUUUCAUUUGGGAAACAACAGCAACGUUCUUGAGUGCAACCUAGGCGGCGUUGUCUUGAAGAUGUUAGUGGAUUCGGGAUCCGACAUUAAUAUCAUCGAUCAACAAACAUGGGAUUACAUGAAAACACAGAACGUUCAAGUGCGUGAAAUGACAAAAGGAUGUAAGGAAGUAAUUAAGGCGUAUGGCAGCGAUAAGCCAUUACCAAUUUUGGGCACUUUCAAAGGGUUUAUCGAAAUCGGAACACGAUCCUCGCAGGCUCUGUUUUUCGUGGUUGAAGGUGGCCAACGUAGCCUUCUUGGUGACACAACCGCCAAGCAGCUUGGUGUUCUGAAAGUUGGCAUGAAUGUCAACCAAGUGGAUUCGAAAGAAGUAUUUGCCAAGAUUAAGGAUGUUCAAGUCAACAUACACAUGGAUCCCUCAAUGAAGCCUGUCUUUCAACCAGUCCGACGGAUUCCGAUCCCAUAUGAAGAGGCCGUGCAUCGAAAAUUGAACCAGCUGCUAGAACAGGAUAUUAUUGAGGUGAAAAAAGGUCCAGCUUCAUGGGUUUCACCGUUAGUCGUUGUUGGCAAAGCGGGUUUGCUUAGAUUUGAGACGGGUAAACGAAGCAGUCAUGCGGGAAAGAUAUCCUAUGCCGAUGGUCGAUGA